AUGUUAUCCUCUGCCAGGGGCCUACAGGUAGGUGACUAUUCCACAAAAUAAAUAUGAAGUUGCGCGAGGCGAUGAUGUCACCCUGACAUGUAGUUUCAUACCUGUCAGGCCAGACAACUUGUUGGUCAUCAUCACAUGGUCCAUGAAGACUGACAACCCUGAUGUUGAUCCAAAGGUCAGUCAGAAGAAAAGAGAUGAAGGAUGUUUUAAACUAAGGAAUGGCUCCAUUUGCUAAAUGUAAAGGUUCUUGCACCUGUGGGUGCUGUUUCUAGAGAGACGGAAACACAAAGCUAUAUGCUGAAAUAAAGAUCAAUAGAAGGAUUACAGUCUUGAGGUCAAGUGGAGAUAAUUUAUCUUAAUUCUGUAGAUGGAAUGUUUUAAAAGGUGGACAUGCUAAGUCAUUAUCGCCAUAAGGUCUAGAUACAGCAAACUUGUUUGAGUGUGUGCACUGCAGUUUGCAGAAUGUGUAUGUAUUAUUUUGUGUCUCCCUGGUUCAUGCAGAUCAUUAUUGCCUCCUUCUACUCUAACAAUGGUCAACUAGACAUCAAGCCUUCCUAUGAGGCCCGAGCAGAGAUGACCCAUGACGUCCCUGGAGGGCAGAGCACCCUGACCCUGCACCAGCCAGCUGACCAUGCAGGAGAACCGGCUGUGGCAAUGCAGGGUCCAGAUCCCUGA